AAUCCUAAAAUACGGACAUAAUUGGUGGUGGUUUUCUUGAACUCGACGACUGACUGAACCGAUAAAAGACCAGAAACUAUAUCCUCCACAUCAAUGGCGUCAUUCACCUUCUCCUCCACCACCACCGCCACCAUUACAUCACACUGUUCAUCAUCAUUAUUUUCUACACUUUCUCCCAAGAAUGCCCCUUAUCUUUCUUUUCAUUCAAACAUUAACCAUCGCUCCACUUCAUUUCCUCUCGCAUCAUCUUCAAAAUUCACCACCACCACCAUCACCACCAAAAGGAGACCACUCAGAGCUCUCACAAUCGUUUGUGCUGUCAAGAAAAUCUCAGAAUUAGAACUAAUUUCUGUUUCUGAUAAAUCAGAGGAUUUGAGAUCGAAGGUUCCAUCAGCUUCUGGUGUUUAUGCUGUUCAUGAUAGUAACAGUGAUUUACAAUUUAUUGGUAUAUCUAGAAAUAUCUUUGCAAGUAUCAUUUCUCAUCGAAAAUCUGUUCCUGAAUUAUGCUCCUCUGUUAAGGUAGGAGUGGUAGAUGAGCCUGAUCGAGAAUCUCUGACACAAGCUUGGAAAUCAUGGAUGGAAGAGCACAUAGCAGCGACCGGAAAGAUUCCACCUGGAAACGAAUCAGGUAAUUCCACGUGGGUCAAGAAGACACAGAAGAAGCCUGAUCUCCGCUUAACCCCUGGUCGUCACGUACAAUUGACUGUCCCACUUGAGAAUCUUAUUGAUCAAUUAGUAAAAGAGAACAAAGUGGUGGCAUUCAUCAAGGGAUCAAGAAGUGCCCCAUUAUGCGGGUUCUCACAAAAGGUGGUUGGGAUACUUGAGGGUGCUGGGGUUGAUUACGAGACUAUAGAUGUGCUUGAUGACGAACACAACUUUGGGUUAAGGGAAAAGCUUAAGAGUUACAGCAACUGGCCGACAUUUCCACAGAUUUUCGUCAACGGGGAGUUGGUUGGAGGGUGCGAUAUUCUGACAUCCAUGCAAGAGAAUGGUGAGCUUGCAUCACUUUUCAAGAAGUAAUAGUUUGAAUCUUACUUCUCGUGUUCUGCUCCCUCUUAUGUAAUCAGUCGGAAAACUGUUGUCUGACCACACUUCUCGGUCACCUAUUUUUCGACUGUUUACCAAAAUUUAGUUCAGUUUAUCGGAUAGUGUAACAAUUGGGUCAAGCAACCCAAAACCAGCAAGGGACAUAUUGAUGGUCAGUUUGGACCCUUGUGUAAAAUUACUCAAGUAAGAAUAUGUUUUGAUUCCCCCUCCCAGCA